AUGCUGAUCAAUAAGAGGCGCAUUAAAGUUCAGCAGCGCCUCAAAGUCUCCUCCAAUGAGUUCUCCUCCAAUGAGGUCUACUCUACUGAGGUCUCCUCUAAUGAGUUCUCAUCUAAUGAAGUCACCUGCAAUGAGUUAUCCUCCAAUGAGAUUUCCUCAAAUGAGGUCUCCUCUAAUGAGGUCUCGUCUAAUGAGUUCUCCUCUAAUGAAAUCACCUCCAAUGAGUUCUCCUCCAAUGAGAUCUACUCUAAUGAGGUCUCCUCCAAUGAGUUCUCCUCUAAUGAUAUCUCCUUCAAUGAGUUUUCCUCUAAUAAGGUCACCUCCAAUGAGUUCUCCUCUAAUGAGAACCUCUCCAAGGAGGUCUCGUUCAAUGAGGUCUCCUCUAAUGAGGUCUCCUCCAAUGAGUUCUCCUCCAAUGAGGUCUCCUCUAAUGUGGUCUCGUCUAAUGAAUUCUCCUCUAAUGAGGUCACCUCCAAUGAGUUCUCCUCCAAUGAGAUCUACUCUAAUGAGGUCUCCUCUAAUGAGAUCUCCUCUACUGAGUUCUCCUCCAAUGAAUUCACCUCCAAUGUGUUCCCCUCUAAUGAGGUCUCCUCCAAUGAGUUCUCCUCCAAUGAGGUCUACUCUACUGAGGUCUCCUCUAAUGAGUUCUCAUAUAAUGAAGUCACCUCCAAUGAGUUAUCCUCCAAUGAGAUCUCCUCUAAUGAGGUCUCCUCCAAUGAGGUCUCCUCCAAUGAGGUCUCCUCUAAUGAGGUCUACUCUACUGAGGUCUCCUCUAAUGAGUUCUCAUCUAAUGAAGUCACGUCCAAUGAGUUAUCCUCCAAUGAGAUCUCCUCAAAUGAGGUCUCCUCUAAUGAGGUCUCGUCUAAUGAGUUCUCCUCUAAUGAAAUCACCUCCAAUGAGUUCUCCUCCAAUGAGAUCUACUCUAAUGAGGUCUCCUCUAAUGAGGUCUCCUCCAAUGAGUUCUCCUCUAAUGAUAUCUCCUUCACUGAGUUUUCCUCUAAUAAGGUCACCUCCAAUGAGUUCUCUAAUGAGAACCUCUCCAAGGAGGUCUCGUUCAAUGAGGUCUCCUCUAAUGAGGUAUCCUCCAAUGAGGUCUCUUCUAAUGAGGUAUCCUCCAAUGAGGUCUCGUCUAAUGAGUUCUCCUCUAAUGAAAUCACCUCCAAUGAGUUCUCCUCCAAUGAGAUCUUCUCUAAUGAGGUCUCCUCUAAUGAGUUCUCCUCCAAUGAGUUCUCCUCCAAUGAGGUCUCCACCAAUGAGGUCGCCACCAAUGACGUCUUCUCCAAAAAGUUCUCCUCCGAUGAGGUCUCCUCCAAUGAGACCUUUUCCACUCGAAGCUAUCUGCUGAUAAGAUUUCUAUCCACAUUUUCGAUCCGCCUGAUGUUUACAGGGUAUCUAGAGUCGUGUCUCUCUAGCUGA